AUGAAGGACAAAUCGGACAGAUCACUGGCAUUAAAUACCAGUCAAAAAUUAUACGGAAUUGAUAUAUCCAGAAAUAAAAGAACAAAUCAGAGUGCAACAAGGGCCUGCAUAACUGAUGCAUGUAAAAACUUUUAUCUCUCAAGUAAUGCAGUGGAUAGAAAUGAAACAACAUGUUCGGGAAUCAAGGUUAUAGGAGAAGGAACAUCUCUAAAGGAAGUAUGGUGGAAUGUAGAUUUGGGCGAUUUUUACAGUAUUUACAGUAUCAGCGUACAUUUUAAAGAAGUUCUUAACAAAGAGGAUCGUCAAAAAGGCCGGUUUGCAGGAUUUUCUCUAUAUUUAUCAAAAUCUGAAAAUAGAGACAACAACUCUCUUUGUUACAAGGAUGGGCCAGAGUUACCUCCACUGAAGUUUUCGACAAUUUGUGCGGGAUAUGGUCGAUAUGUCAUCUUUUACAAUGAGCGGUUGGAUGGAGUUAAUUAUCCUAACGGAUACGAACGUCAGGCGUAUACUGAUUUGUGCGAGGUGAUAGUAAAAGGUUGUAAUAAAACCUUUUAUGGGCCAAAUUGUGAUAAAAAGUGUUCUGCCAAUUGCGAAGAUCAAAGCUGUGACAUCGUUAAUGGAACAUGCCUGAAAUGUAGUCGUGGGUGGACAGGAAAAUUAUGCAAAAAUAAGUGCCCAAGAGGAUGGUUUGGGCUUGAUUGUAAACAACAAUGUUCCGGUCAUUGCCUAAACAGUGAAGUCUGCAAUCAUGUAACUGGUGGUUGUGACAGGGGAUGUACUAAUGGAUGGAAAGGAACAACAUGUGAAGAACCAUGUAAAAAUGGAACCUACGGCCCCGGUUGUAGAUACAACUGUAGUGGUAAUUGUCUCGAUGAUGUCCACUGUAACAAACAAACUGGAAACUGUGACACAGGGUGUAAACCAGGAUAUACAGGGAAUUCCUGUAAGGCAGGUAAAAACGAGUAA